AAAAAAAAUGUCUUCUUCUUUCUAACCUCUAAAUAAUUCAAUUUAUAUUUCGUUUAUUCCAUUUUCGCAUUUUUCGCUAAAUUUUCCAAUUCAUUUUUUAUUAGUCUUAAAAAUUUUAUGCGUUUAUCGCUCGUCUGCAUUUCGAAAGUAUUAUCCUUAUCUAGAUAUGAUAAGAAAGUGUCAAAUUUACUGAUAAUGCCAAAAAGGCAUUUACAAAAUACUCCUGUUGUUAAAAAGUUAAAAUCAAAUCACAAUUUUCAAGUAAAUGAACGUAAUAAUAAAAUGGUUAAUACUUUAGAAAUCAAUUCAUCUAAUGGUAAUUGCACAAGAGAUGUUAAAGUCGAAUAUCUCAAUACUCCCGUUAAAUCGGAGAAUGAUAAGAAAUUGUACAGAGUAAUUCGAUUGGAAAAUGGAUUAACGGCUUUACUCAUUGCUGAUACACAUUCAUCAGAAGAAUUGAAAAAUGGUAUCAGUGAGAUUGGUGCUGAAAAAUUAUCAUCGGAAAGUGAUGAUUCAGAGGAAAGUGAGAAUGAAGAUGAUAAUGAAGUAAGUGAUGAAAAUGACGAAAGUGACGAGGAUGAAAGUGAUGAUGAUGUGUCUGACGACAAUGAAUGCGACGAUGAUAUCGAAUUUUCAAACUCUGCUAAACGUUCCACUAAAGAAGAGAAAAAGGCUGCGUGUGCUUUAUGCGUUGGAGUUGGAAGUUUCAGUGAUCCUGCCGAAAUUCCCGGUUUGGCACAUUUUUUAGAGCACAUGGUUUUUAUGGGUUCAAAAAAAUAUCCCGAGGAAAAUGAUUUUGAUUCGUUUAUAAAAAAACGUGGAGGCUCCGAUAAUGCGUCGACGGAAUGUGAACAAACAACGUUUCAUUUUGAAAUACAAGAAAAGCAUUUACCGCAGGCACUCGAUCGUUUCGCACAAUUUUUUAUUAGUCCACUCAUGAGACGAGAUGCUAUUACUCGCGAACGUGAAGUCGUUGAAAGUGAAUUUCAAAUGGCGUUACCAUCGGAUUUAUAUCGAAAGGAGCAAUUAUUUUGCAGUUUCGCAAAACCCAAUCAUCCGGCGACGAAAUUCGCAUGGGGAAAUUUAACGACACUACGAGAUUCAAUAGAAGAUGAUAAAUUGUAUGAGGAACUUCAUAAAUUCCGCGAAAGACAUUAUAGCGCGCAUAGAAUGACAUUAGCGGUUCAAGCUCGACUUUCAUUAGAUGCACUGGAACAAUUGGUGAAAGAUUGCUUUUCAGAUGUGCCAAGCAAUGGCUUGCCCUCCGACGAUUUUAGUAAAUUUAAAGGAGCCGAUUCAUUCGAUACGUCAGAUUUUCGAAAUAUGUAUAAAAUGAAACCAGUCAAAGACAUUUGUCAGAUCGAACUGACAUGGUCAAUGCCGCCUUUACAUCAUUUAUACAAAAGCAAACCUCAUCAAUAUGUCUCGUGGAUAAUCGGACAUGAGGGGAAAGGAUCUUUAAUCAAUUAUCUGCGAAAGAAAAUGUGGUGUUUAGAUAUUUUCACCGGAAAUGCUGAAGGAGGUUUCGAGCACAGUUCCAUGUACGCUCUAUUUAGUUUAUGUCUAACCCUCACCGACGAGGGUCACAAGCAUUUAAAAGAAGUUCUCGAAGCCGUGUUUUCCUACAUCAACAUGGUACGAAAAAAUGGUCCCGAUCAACGGAUUUACAAUGAGAUUUCCCUCAUUGAAAAAACCAAUUUCAAAUUCAUGGACGAGGAGGAUCCAGUGGAGUAUGUCGAGAGUCUCUGCGAAAAUAUGCAUUUCUACGCGCCUGAGGAUUAUAUAAAUGGCAAUGAUUUAUAUUUCGAAUAUAAUCCCAGUGGAAUUCAAGAUUGCUUGAAUACAUUGAGAGCCGAUAAUGUAAAUAUUAUAAUUUUCGAUAAGAAAUUCAACGAGGAGGAAUUAAUAAACACUGAACCUUGGUUUAAUACAAAAUACUCGAGAAAUUCAAUUCCAAAUGAAUGGACAGAGACUUGGAAAAUAAUUGAACCACUGCCUGAAUUUCAUUUACCCGAGCCAAAUAUUUACAUUACAACUGAUUUCAAAUUAAUGACAUUGCCAGAGAAUGUGCCUAAAUAUCCAACUAAAAUUCACAGCGAUGAAAUAAUGGAAGUUUGGUACAGGCCUGAUCCUAAAUUUCGAUUACCGGAAGCGUUAAUGUACUUUUAUUUAAUAUCGCCGAGCUCAAUUGCCACACCUGAGGGAUGCGUAAUGAUGGAUUUAUUUAUUGCGACACUAAAGCAACUAUUGGUGGAAAAAACCUACGCGGCAACGGCCGCAGAACUUCAUCAUUCUAUUUACACCUGUGAUAAGGGAGUUGUUCUUAAAGUUGAUGGAUACAAUCAAAAAUUACCGCUUUUAUUGAACACAAUAAUUGAGUGUAUGGCCGAAAGUCCGAAUUUAAUAUCAAAGGAUUUAUUUGAUAUUAUGAAACAGGAGCAAUUAAAGUCGUAUUACAAUAAAUUCCUCAAGCCAAGUAAACUCGUCAAAGACAUUCGAAUGUGCAUUCUUAUUUUGCGACACUGUUCAUCGACUGAUAAAUACGCCGCAAUUAGUAGUAUCGAUUAUGAUCAAUUUUUAAAUUUCAUCAAACACUUUACGGAUCAUUUGUUUAUUCAAUGUCUGGUGCAAGGAAACGUGACAAUGGAGGACGUUAUAGAAAAUGUGACAAAUUGCAGGAAAAUACUAAAAUGUGGAUCACUAUUGCCGAAUACAAUGCCACAAUUUAGAGUAACGCAAAUACCAAUCGGAAUUCAAUGUUGUCGUGUAAAAAAUUUCAACAAUUCCGACGCGAAUUCAGUUGUUACAAAUUACUAUCAAUCGGACACGUCGAGUAUAAAAGUCACUGUCAUCAUCGAAUUACUAAUGAUGAUAAUGGAAGAACCUCUAUUCAAUCAACUACGAACAUUGGAACAACUUGGCUACAAUAUUAAUUGCCUAAUAAGAGACACAUUUGGAAUUUUAGGCUACAGCAUAACAGUCUAUACACAAGCGACAAAAUUCACCACCGAAUAUAUUGACGAACGAAUAGAGGAAUUUAUGAAAUUAUUCAAUGAUUUAUUAUCAAAAAUGAGCGACGAUGAAUUCAACAAUGUAAAGGAGGCCCUAAUAAAAUUAAAACAAACCGUCGAUAUCGAUUUAACGGAAGAAAUUGUUAAAAAUUGGGCUGAAAUAACAACAGGUGAAUAUUUAUUCGAUCGUGUCGAUCGUGAAGUUGAAACACUUGAAACAAUAACAAUGGACGAAUUGAAAAAAUGGAUUGAAGCACAUACAAAAAAUGGCAGUAAUUUCCGUAAAUUAAGUAUUCAAAUACAAGGAUCGUCGGAGAAAAAAAUUACUAAUACAAUUAAUGGCGAACACGAAUCACCAACAAAUGUGACAACAACAACUACUACUCACAAUCAGGAAAUACCUUGCGAACGAGGAAAAAUGAAAUUUCCUCUGCAGUAUGUGACAAGUUCGAACGAGAAUGCGGAUGAAUGUUGUAUUUUAGAUAUUGAAGAAUUUCAAAAGGAACUACAAGUUUUUCCAAUUAAGAAAACAGCUUUAUAAUGAUAUUUUUUGGAAUUAAUCGGGUAAAUUUAUGAAAAGAAGACCAUUUGUGCAUUUGUCUCGAUAGAAUGUUGUAAAAAUAAAUUCAUUUAUAUUGACAAAAAAAAGAUAAAUGGCAGUUUUUUAUUGUGAAAAAAAAUGUAAAAAAUCGAUUAAAUAUAUUUAUUAUUCAUUUAUUA